GGGGGAGAAAAACUGUGGCUUUGUGUAGGAAGGACUCAGAGGCAAAGUGGUUUUGUGAAUAUUUGAGUUUCUCACAGAGACAAGCUCUCCCCGCAGAGUUGCUUACUGAUUUUGUCAGCUUUGUGUGCAACUGCUGCUUCACAUAGGAGUCACAGAUGACUCUCAGACAGGCGAAACAGCGACACCCGGGCUUCUCCUGAUGAUGAGAGCCAACGUCAGACUGGUUUCCAUGAAUAUUGAUGUGGAGGAUAGACUGUUUCAUAGAACAGAAGGAGGCAAGAUGGCUGCCCUUUAGGAUUUGUUAAAGAGAUCGAGACGGUUUGUUGGAAUUUCUACAAAGUGGAGGGACGUAAAAAGAAGGACAGACAGAGGGCAGCCCAGUGUAUGGACUCUGAGCAGGCCAGAUGGAAACAGACCAGGCCAAGCAUGAGAAGGAAGAAAGUUUGAUACUGGCACAGUUUGGCCCUCCCCAUAGUAUCUCCCCCAGACUCCAGAAUGGAUGCCGCUUUUCUGAAGGUUCUCCCCAACCCACAGGAGACAACAAUUGGAUUACAAGCCCAGCACAGUACAACCCCAACAAAGUCUCCAACUCUGUAAAGAGGCACAGGGAGAACUGCAUCCUCCCUGCAUCAGAGGACGGCCAAUUUGAUCAGCGUUGUUACAAGAUGAACGGAGAUUUGAUGAAUAGCGAGUUGAAUCAUGGAUUCACUGGGGAGACAUUACUACACCAGCCCAAGAGAAUGAAAGUAGAUGUAGAAAUCAAAAGAAAUGAUGGCACAAGUUCUGAUAUGGUGGACAAUUUGCCUGAGCUGACUAAUGCAACUAAUUUGGAAUGCAGCUCCUCACAGAGGGAAUUUAGUUUAGAUAAAAGGAAUCACUCUAUUCAGAAUGGAGAUAUUUUCUGUCGGCCACGGAAUAAACAAAUCACCAAUGGUGCUGUAUCAGCCUCCUCAACCUUAGAGAGUACUCCAGGUGAUCUAUUAGAAAAGACAUUGUCCCAGUAUUAUCCUGAGCAAGUGUCAAUUGCACCACAAACAUCAGGAUCACAGCUGGAUACAGUCAAUGGUUCACUGACCAAUCAGUUGUCCAGUGAAGGUGCUCAACCCCCUGCUUUAGGCUCAGGGUUGCUUAAUUCAGCACAGAUGCCUAAUUCUCAGCAGCAGCAGCAGCCCAGGGCACCUGAAAACAGUGAAGGAGCCAACAGUUGUAACCGCUAUCUUGUAAAUGGAUUCUCAAGCAGUUUUGGAGCAGACCACCAGCAACAACCACAUGCUUACUCUGGUCUGGAACAAGGGACACUAUCAGGCAAGAUCACACCAACAAAUGAUGCCAAUUGUUCUCAAGAACAUCCAAACAGCGUAUCCCAUUUUGCAGACCAAUCAAAUCCUCAAAGUACAUAUAAAAACACCCAGCAAGAGUUUGACAACAGCUCUUUUCUGAGGAGUAGUAAUGCUCAGCACGCAAUUGAUGAAGAUGGUGAAUAUAGAUGCUUUUCUAGUUCUGGGGUGGACGGAGUAGCCCAAAACCAGAAAUCUGGUCAGUUUUUACACCUAAGCACUGAGAGAAGUCAGUGUGAAAUUCAAUCUCAGAGCUUUCAAGAAAAUGGCAGAACACAUAACAGUGAUGAUGAGAUGGGGCACAUGGGGCCCGGUCUUCAACAGCAACAUCAUAUCGGGAAAGGAACUGGUAUGGAGAGGACAGGUUGGAUGGAAGGGAAUCCUUCAAAUUCCACACAGCAGCAGGCAAGUGUCCCACCUUCUCAGACACAAAACCAAGACAUGUGGAGAGCCCUCCCUCCUAAUCCUCAUGUAGAGAGGACGGCCAGUCCACAUGUUGAUGCCCAAAUCAUGGAGCCUGGCCCAGCGCAAAUAUUUCCGACACAGAGAAGUUUCACUGACAGGAGUCCAGGGUCAAACACUUCCCAGCAAAAACAUCAGGAUUUUUUAUCCAACCAAAUUGAAUUUGCUCCAACCCAGCACAACACUGCCACUAGGUGGCAGCAUCAAAGUCCUAAAGCCCUUCAGAUGCAACAAACAUUGGCUAAUGAAAUGUCUGAUCAGCAAAACUUCCCUCAAAAUCAACAAGCAAAUAAUUGCUUCCAGAAAGACUCUCAGCACUUAAGUGAGGAUACUGAUCUGCAGGAAAUACUGUCAGCUGGACUUAUGACACAGCAACAGCAGCACUGUAAACUUCAGCGCCCCUUAUCUCACCCACCACAGUUUGAAGAGCAGCAAUUGAAGUCUCCCCACUACAGACCUCAUAGUCAACCUCCACCAGAACAGCACUUGCCUCAACCCAGCCAGUCUCUUGGAAACAAUUUAGCUCAAGCCAACAACAGCCAGCACUGCAACCAUACCACAUUCAUGUAUAGUAAUAAAGCAGAGAUGCAACAACAGCAAAAACAGUAUCUACCAAACCUCAAGCAAUUUCAACCACAGCUGCCUAACAACCACUGCCACAAACACAACAAGGUGGACUUUGUCCAGACCUCGACACAGUCCCAACCUCACUUACCACAAGGUGCAUUAAACCAGCAGGUGAGAAACCAGAUGCAUCCCAAAGCUGAACCACAGCUUAAGAGUUCUUGCACUCAGUUCCAAAGGGGACCUCAACUACCUCUGGGAUCCAUGGGUCCACAAACAGACUUUCAGAGGAAUGCAGCUAUACGAAUGCACCUGUUGCAAAAGCAGGAGCGCCAAAAUUCUCUUCAUCCCUUUCAGAGCUCUGAUUUUAAACAGAGAGCUGUGAAAAUGGAGCCCCAAUUUGAGCUGCCUACAUCACAGCAGCAGGGGCAGCUGCUACAUAUGCGUGAGGCAGAGAAAGGUGGACUGCAAGUCAAGCAAGAAAAUCACCCAUCCCCGUGCAAUCAAAAGAAGAUACCAGGGAGUAUCUUGGCUUCUAUGGAACAAAGUCUUAGGCAGUACCAACUCUCAACAGUUUUUGAGAAGAAAAACCUUCUCAUCCAUUCAUCGAAUAAAGUGAAGGUAGAAUCUUCGGGUCCUGUUACAAUACUGUCAACCAAUACUGAAGUAAGAGAUGUGGAAUCCUCAAUAUCAGCCCAAUCUACAAAAAAAAGCUUGGAUUUCACUCCUAAAAAGGAGCAACUCCUUCAAAGUUUUGUCGACUCCCCUAUGAAGCUGUUGGAUACCCCUAUAAAAAAUCUUUUGGAUACUCCCAUGAAAACUCAGUAUGACAUAGCCUCUUGCCAUUGUGUUGAUCAAAUCAUUGAGAAGGAUGAAGGCCCCUACUACACUCAUCUGGGCUCAGCACCCACUGUUACUGGCAUUCGAGAGAUGAUGGAAAAACGGUCUGGAUUAACUGGUCAUGCCAUAAGGAUUGAAAAAGUAAUUUACACUGGCAAAGAAGGGAAAAGCACACAAGGGUGCCCAAUUGCUAAAUGGGUUAUCCGUCGAUCCAGUGUAGAAGAAAAGUUACUAGUCCUGGUGCGUGAGCGUACUGGUCACAGAUGUGAAACUGCCUGCAUCAUUGUUGUAAUACUGGUUUGGGAGGGUAUCCAAGCUAGUCUGGCUGACCGCCUCUACCUCGAGUUGAGUGAAACUCUAAAGAAAAAUGGAGCUCACACACAACGUCGUUGUGCUUUCAAUGAAGAGAGGACCUGUGCAUGCCAGGGAUUAAACCCUGAAGAAAGUGGAGCAUCUUUCUCCUUUGGCUGUUCCUGGAGCAUGUAUUACAAUGGCUGUAAAUUUGCUCGGAGCAAAAUUCCCAGGAAAUUCAAGCUGCUGGGAGAUGAUGUCAAAGAGGAAGAGAAAGUGGAAAGAAACUUUCAAAAUUUAGCAACUUUGCUUGGGCCUUUAUAUAAAACUAUGGCACCUGAAGCCUAUGGAAAUCAGGUCGAACAUGAACACAGAGCACCAGAUUGUCGUUUGGGGCUCAAGGAGGGUCGCCCCUUCUCUGGAGUCACUGCUUGUAUGGACUUCUGUGCUCAUGCUCACAGGGAUCUCCACAACAUGCAGGGUGGCAGCACUGUGGUGUGUACAUUAACGAGGGAGGACAAUCGAGAAAUUGGAAGAAUACCAGAGGAUGAGCAGCUCCAUGUGUUACCUCUCUAUAAGGCUUCCAACACUGAUGAAUUUGGAAGUGAGGAAGGUCAGCAGGAAAAAGUAAAGUCAGGAGCCAUACAAGUUCUCAGUACCUUCCGCCGUCAAAUACGCAUGCUCGCAGAGCCCGCCAAGUCUUGCAGGCAAAAGAAGCUGGAGGCAAAAAAGGCAGCUGCCAACAAGAAUGCCACCUUGGAAAGUUCUGGUGAUAAGGCAGAAAAGGCCAGUCAGGCCAAGUCAAAAGCUGGCACUUAUGAGAACACAGCUCAAAGCACUCCAAUGACAGGACCUCUUCCAGGUGCUGUGGGAGCCACCAUGCAGUCAGGUCAUCUAUCACACCCCCUAGGGGUGCAUCCACAACAGCAGCAAAGUAUGAUUCCCCCAUACUCUCGCUCAACACAUCCUGGUUUUAUGAGGUUCCCCAACCCCCCUGGGUCAUUUCCGAGCACUUCCAAGCCAGGCAGCAUGUGUCCCACUCAGGCACCCACACCAGCAAGCCCUUACCCCUCCCCUCUUAAUGUAUCAAACUCUUACAUGAAUGGGCCAAAUCGUCCAUACCCAGGUUACCAACGUAAUGGAGGAAUGCCCCUCGACAACUGCCAUCCAUACUAUCUUGCAAACCAAAAGCACUUGAACAUGUACCAACAACAGCUACCAGCUCUUUAUCCUGAGCAACAGUAUGGACUCCAUCAGCGUUUUGAUGUCAAUUAUCCACCAAGAUACAGCGAGUCAGGCUUACAGGUCAAUGGUUACAAUGGUAUGAGACCAGCUCAAAUUAUGCAACCUUACAGCCCUUAUGGUCCUAGCAGACCACUGGAUGCUCAAUUUAUUGAUCCCCUUCCAAGACUGCCCUCUGCCCAUGGAGGCAUGGAUUACUCACCAGUAGUGAGCAAAAGCAAUCAGCUUGGAGAAUACCCAAAUACAUACCUGCAUCAGAACCCCCGCAUCCUUCCAACAGGGCUGGAUCCUUUCCAUCCUCAAGUGAAAACAGAGAUGGGUAUCCCUGACCCACAGAUGAUUUCUGCUCAGCUCCGCGGUGGAUGUUUAAACCCUGAUUCUCAGUCAGGACUAAGUUUGCCCAAUGGUGGUGUCAUGGGUUCCAAUAUUAAACAGGAACCAGGAACACCAAAGACACCCACAACCCCACAAAAGCCAGAGGUGUGGUCUGACAAUGAACACAACUUCUUGGAUCCUGAAAUUGGUGGUGUGGCUGUGGCACCAAGUCACGGCUCAGUCCUCAUUGAAUGUGCAAAGCGGGAGCUGCACGCCACAACACCACUUAAAAAUCCAGAUCGCAACCACCCAACACGCAUCUCUUUAGUUUUCUAUCAGCAUAAGAACCUGAAUGAAGCAAAGCAUGGGUUGGCACUCUGGGAAGCCAAGAUGGCAGAAAAAGCUCGGGAAAAGGAAGAGGAGGCCGAAAGGAAUGGUGGUGAAGGAACACCAAGCAAGGGCAACAAGAAAGGGGUGAAGCGUGAGCAUCCGGAAUCAGAGACUACAGGGGAGCCUCCAUACAAGCGUUUUAUCAAGGCACUAAUGGAAGGAUCCUUAUCAAGUACAUCUAACACAUACGUCAAUACAAGUCCCUAUGCAUUCACCAAGGUCACAGGGCCGUACAGUCGAUUUGCAUAGAGAACUGCUCAUUAGGAACUUAAAGGUGCUAAGUGAAAAACACAGGAACUGAAUUCUUUUUAGCAGCCAUGUGUUUUACAGAAAAAAAGAACCUGUGCUGAGAUGCAAAUCAGGUCUUUCAUCUCUUUAACAACUGAACUUUACCAGCUGCUCCCAACAAAGAACAGAUUUAUUUUUGUCAGAUAACUUCUGCAAAAUUCAAUUUAUCUGGUGCUUUCAGUCUGAUUCAAGGGUCAAUAGCUGGGAACAAAUCAUUGUUUGGUUGCUUUCUUGUUUCAGGAAUAUGGUGACCUUAUCUGGGCAUAGGACAGAUUUUGUUAAAACUUACUAUUCACUGUGCUAAGUUGUUUCUAUUACCAUCAAUUCAAUUGCCUUUACACUAAGACCAUUAAACAUUUGACAAAGGAAAUUGAAAAUAUCACUGUCAAAGCAUCAGAUUUCAAAUGGUUUUUGGAAAAUCAGUUUUCAGGAGCACUUUCUGAGAGUUAAGGUUACAAUUUUGGAAAAAAAAAGCUUUACAUCGAGCAUCAUGUCACAGUUUUUAUGCAAGUUUUAUUAAUUAGGUGGUUGAAUGAGCAAUCUAUGAGAGUGAUUCAGUAUCAUACUAAAUGGUUUCUGAAACUUAAUUUAAUUGGUGCUUUUAUCACUUAAAAGUAUUUCUACUGUACAACUAAAGCAUUCUCAUGGUGCAUUUUUAAAGAUUUUAAAGGGGAAAAACUGUUUUACAUGGUUUUGUUAGUUCUCAGAAAUUGAUUUAGAUGUUCUUUGCAGCAGCUUCCAUGAACUAAUACGUGUGAAAAAAAAAAUCACCUGUUGUUUCUGUCUGUGGUGCUUAGAAAAAUGCUUUUAUACACUGAGAAAAACAAAACAAGGUAAGCUUGGUGUCAGUUUCAACGGGCAGCUGGUUUGCUGCGGGGUUUUUAUCUAUAAUAUUCUGACUGUAAAAUAAACAGGUGAGAUUUGUACAGUAAAUUAAUUUCUUAUCUGAACUUCUUGUUAGAAAGUUUGUCUGUAUAAAAGUGAUGCUUUUUUUCCAUUGUAUUUCUUCUGAUCAACUGAGUUCAUUUCAUAAGGUGCUAUUUAACCUACUAGAAAAUGUACAAUGUGAGACUCUUUCUGCAGUGAGAGGGCUUUUAAAUAAUUUAAAGUAAAAAAAAAAAAAGUUGUGAUAUAUAUACCUCAAAAAUAGUUUGGCAAUAGGAUUUUUGCAUAAUUUUCGUCAUUUGUACAUUACUUUUAACAUAUUAUUAUCAGUUAAAAGUAAGCUACAGGCAAAAAAAGUUCAUUUCUUGCUUUCACUGUGCUAUGAAAGUACUACUUGAACUUGGAUUUUUACUCCAAAAUCAGGGACAUUUUCAUCUAAAUAUGUGUAAAUCUUCACUGCCCAUAUUCAUCCUGUUUUGUGAUAUUCAGGGAGCUGCCAUUGAAUCAUGAAUCCAGUGGUAUUCUUGUCAAAAACAGUUAGCAGAGACAGGCAAAAAAAGGUUUAAGAGAGGAAAAAGUUUUGCUGAUCAUUUUUACCAUUUAAUCUGACUUAUAAGUAAUGAGUUAACUAAAGGGAAUGAUAUGAAAUAAAUGAAAAACAAUGCUUUUGUGAUGAGGCAAGACCACAGCAGUGAUUUAUUGUAGUUGCAUGUCUGUGCCCGUGUACAGAUUUUAUUUAAAACCACUAAUCAAGUGUAUUAAUUCUCCCCCGUCUCUUCAAUUUAAUUGAUGCCAUAUAGUUAAAUGAUAAUUACAUUAUAUUAAAAACCCACCCAACUAUUUCACGUAAGAAUCUUUGAAAGCACUUCAUUUAUUUUUCAGGAAGUCUGUAGUAAAGAAUUUUUAAAAAUAUUUAAGCAAAAUGUAUAUGUGUUAAAAAAAUGAAUAAAUUAUGUCACUUUGUACAUACCAACCAUUUGUUUUUCAGGAGUAUAACUCACUCUGAUAUUCAUGUAGGUUCAAUAUUUGGUCAACUUGACCCUUGGCUCCUCACAGAUCAUCAAAAGAAAACUUUUAAGCUUUUCAAGGAUGAUGACGGCUGGCAUCCACAGGAUGUUUCUGUAAAUAUUCCUCUCACUGUCACUGCAAUGUUUACAUUCAUAGAAUGAUGCUAGUGCUUAGAAGUUCUAGUUUUAUUAACUCCUUUGUAAGAUAAAACUUCACAACACAAAUGUGGAAUUUUGUUGUACAGAACCCAGCUACGGUAGCAGGUUGAUGAGAAAAGCCAAGGUGCCAGAAGAUAGAGCGGGUUUCAAAGCAUAGCCAUACUUGAAGAUGCUUCAGAGUGUUUCUGAGUGAGUCAACGUUACUUGAAUGACUUUCCUGGCUUAGCGUGUGCUCGGCUCACAGGUUAAGCAACCAGUUGCUUCACACUCAAAUCUUUUCAGCAGUUAGACACUAAAAAGUUAUAAAAAUUGUGCAACCUUUCCGCCAUUUUGAUUUUUAUUGAGGAUUUUCAGACUUUAAGUGCAAUGUGUAGCACUUGUUCUAAAAAAAAAACAAAAAAAAGCUGAAUUUA